GAAAUCGGAUCGAGGCUACAAACGUGAGUUCUCACUGAAGUGAUGUGUAUACCUAUCUAUUUCGUACAGAACACAGGUGGUCAUAAAUGCAGGCAUAUACUAUAUGCACUACUUCUACGAGGUUUUUUCCCCAGAAACUAUCAAACCAAUCUUAGUUGCGAUAGCUGCUUUUUACUGUGCAUGUAAAACAGAGGAGUUUUCCAGGAAACUUUCGUUCCUAAUUAAAGCUGCUUAUGAUAUCCUAAAGAGACCUGCACCUGAUGAAGGGUCUGAUGCAUUCAAGAGACUCGUUCAGAAUGUUCAUGCCUUAGAGGCUACUAUUCUUAUGGUUAUUGGGUUUCACACUCUUGAAGUUAAACAACCCCACGUACUGCUUAUUAAGGCAAUUCGUGCAAACAAGUUCCCGAAGGAGAUUGCUCACACCAGCUACUAUAUCUGCACCAAUAUACUACAUCUUACUACUUUAGUAUUACGACAUUCUACAGAAGCAAUAGCUGCUGCCAGUCUCUAUAUUGCUGCGAAGUGGAAUGGUACAGAUAUCCAGUCGUCAAAUGGGGAGUGGUACCAUAUUUUUUCUCCCACGCUGACUUUUGAAGAAAUUUCCAAAAUAACUGACGAAUUCACUCUUACUUUCCAAGAAUGCGAUUUAAAAAUCAGAGAACAACUGCGCUGUUCGCUUCGAUCCCGCAAAUUACAAAGAGAACGAAGAGAUGAAUCUAUCAACAACCCUCCUCGAACUCAAGAACUCCAAAAAAGACCAGUUCCUGAUUCUCAACAAAAAACUGACUCUUGGAAAACAGAGAAAAGACCUUACGUUUCUACGAAUUCUAAUACAGCUCAAAUUCCAUCUCAGCAUCCAAAUCACCACGCUCGAAGCCAUACAGGUGGCUCCCAGAAUGCACAAAUGAAUUUUCCGUAUCAUGGGCACAGUCGGGCUCCACAAUCACAUGUAUAUGGAAACGAACAUUUCAAUAGAUCCCAUUCUAACCGUCCGCCAGGUCCUGGGAAUAGUGAACCGGAUCCUAAGCGUCAACGAUUUGAUCGCCCACUCCCAAAUCAGUGUCGACGAUCACCACAACCCCACAUGCCCGGUGGACAUCAUCCCGAUGGAACAACACGCGCAAAUCGUAUAGAGAGUUCUGUUUCUCAUUCUGGAAGUGGCGAACAUAAAGCACAUUAUCAACCUAAUCGUACCCAUGGAUCAGAUUACAGGAUGGCAUCAUCUGCUGGUUACAAUGCUGCUCUAAAUAAGGUUUGAAAUAUUUAUCGUAAAAUUCUCUUUCUGUGUUACGAUAUGUAUACACAAUUUCGCUUCAUAAAAGCUUAUUAAUAGAUUCUUGCUUUUCCACUAUUGGCAGUUCAUAAGACUAUAACAACCAAUAUAUUUCCACUGUUUAAUGAGUAAAGCUUAUAAACAAAAACGUGACAUUAUGUAUGUAUGAAUACAUUUCAGCUGUGAUCGCUUAUUUUAUUAUUGAUUUUAUCAGUCUUCAUCUCGAUAUGUAUAUACGUUGGAUCCCUUUACUAAUCGUUAUCCAGUAUAUCAUCAACGAGUAUUUGUUACCAACAUGAACUUGUUCUUUCAUAAAGCCACUAUUCGAACAAAACUUGAUAAACCUAGUGUCGUAAUACCAACAAGAGCAAAAUCCGAACACUUAUUACCAUUAAUUAUAUUUCCGUAUUUAAGCUCACGGUUAUCAUAUGUUACUUCACUUUGGAGUUCAUAUUUUUCAGCAUUGCACCAGAUGUUUUAUAACAACCAAAUUCUUUAUUAAACUAGUCAAUAAGUUUUUGUAUUGUUUAUUACGUGAAACUAGCAGUAAGUAAAGAAUCACCUGUCCAAUCUCGUUAUCAAUGUCCGUGACUUUAUGUGUCAACGCAUUCUUAUUUUUUGUUUCUUAAAAGCAACCUUGCGCACGGGAGGAACAUGAAGACUCACGUCUUAACUCAGGGAAUUCUCGUUCUUCUGUAAAACCCGCUGGUCUUCCACAAGGAAACACACGAGUAAAGCCAGAUCUAAAUGACUAUUUUUGAAUAUCUGCUUUAUAUAAUUAAUUUUACAUGGUGUGCUUUUUUUACCACUUUCCUAAGUUUGCACAUACAGAUAGCAUUGUACAUAUGUUAAGCCGCUUUUUCGUCUUAAAAUAUGCAAUUCGUAGUUUGUUAGCUGUAAAAUGUCAUUUGAACUUUCGUAUUUGUCUAGUCUUUUAAGAUACCCUGUAAAGUCUUUCUUCCUUUCUCAUUACUGUGUUUAUUAAUAGUACAUGCUUUUUGUUGUUUUUGUGUAAGAACGCUUAUGAUAAUUGCUUUUUAUACGAAUAGUUCGGUACUUUUGUAUAUUUCUCAAUACAUUCGUUU